AUGAGAUCGAUCCAGGUUCUGAUAGGCUUAGUCCUAGGCCUGGCUACGCUGACCUUCACAGCCCCAGUCAACAACGUCGCCAACGGUCCAGAGCAGCCACAGAAGACCCCAGGAGAACUAUUACUGUCAAACAACCAUACACAGGAAACAGGGUGUGACAACGGUGUCCAGGGCGGACCUGUGGUGGUGGUGUGGAGGGUCGGCGCUGCGUGA